GCAGUUGCACCAAUGGGUACUCUUACUGCCGAUUGUCCGCGUUUAGACACACAUUGUCCACACAAGCUCCCAACCUCAUGCCGCCUUACGUCAACUCCGAAUUGCUGCGCCUGUGCCGAUGAACGCCCGCAUUCGCGAUUAUACCGUGUAUAUAUAGAUGGUGUUGGAUUUGUGCAGCGUGGAACGCGUUGGCAGAGCUACUGUUGGUUCUGUAAAGAGUUCUGGAACAACCGCCUGCAAGCUACAGACCCUCCGCUCGAAGCCUCACAGACCCGCAUCCCCCACAUUCCAGAUCAAGUUGAAUUCCUCGACAGGUGGUUUGAAUUUCAUCAAGGAUAUCGGUUGGUGAGGGCUACCGAUGGUACUGAGACCCGUAUUGCUGUUAUCGGGGAACCGUUUCACGACGUCAGUCCAGGUUUCUUACCGAGGACGCUGGAUGAGUUGCGUGCUGGACGCUCCAACGACGCUAGUAGGCCGGAGAACAGGAUUCGGAGACGGAGAUUAACAUCUGAAGAGGAACGACCCCAGCACCAAGAGCAACCGAACCUAGACGAUGCGCUAGAUAGUUUAUUGAACGAAAUAUCGGACGAUGAGUCUACGCCUGCACAGCCAGGGCCACAACAGCAAGAUAGUGUGCAUACAGAAGUACAGUCGGCAGGGACACAAGAUAGUACCGCACAGCGAGCUCUGGAGUCAGCUGGUCCCUCCACAUUACCAGAUCUUCCUCCCCAGCGACAGCGCGCUCAUGAGCGCAUGCUGCGUGUGUUCGGAAGCCGUGAGGACGUACAACGCGAGGACUACGAAUCGCCUCUAUUCACCAUGUAUAACCGGGCAGAAACUCGCUAUCAGCAAGCUGAAGCCCACCGCGCCACUGGCAAUACCACUGCACCUUCGACAGAGGGCAUGUCUGCCCGCGAGCGUCGCGACAUCGAAGAACAAAUUCUUUGGGGUGUUUUGUCUGAAUCCCGUUCUGAGCAGCAAACCAUGAGUAGACACCUCAAUCUUUUGGACACUCUUAACGAUACCCUAACCGCCCGAAUGCGCGAAGUUCGUGAAAGAGCUGGAUUGCCUCCCCGCCUCCCCUCUCCUCCUCAAACGCUCGACAGUCCGGAACGCCCUCCCCCGCUUACUGAAGACCAGAUGACAAAAAAUCUCGCAUGUCAAGUAUGCUAUGUUCAAGUCGCGAACAUUGCUGUUAUUCCUUGUGGGCAUAUGGUCAUGUGCCAGUGGUGCGCGGAUGUCGUCGUCCCUGUCAAACAUAAUACCUUCCCCGCUCGUCCUACCAAGUGCCCAAUGUGUAGAAAGGGGAUCAAGCAGCGGUACAAAAUACAUACUGCGUCAUGA